UCUGCAUCUCCUCCUCUGGAUGAAGUUCCAUUGGCUUGGUCUUUCCCUUGGUUUGGGAUCCAGGGCCUUCUCACUCAUUGGAACAAAUCUGGUGCUGUGGAUUGACUGUGCCUGGCUCCUAGACAACUAAACACGCAAGUUUUCCUUGAUUUAGAAGGGGACUCUCCUUCCCCACUCUCACUGUGAGAAUGUUGGUGCUUCUGGCUUUCAUCAUCGUGUUUCACAUCACCUCAGCAGCGCUGCUGUUCAUCGCCACCAUCGACAAUGCCUGGUGGGUAGGAGAGGAAUUUUUCACAGAUAUCUGGAGAGUAUGUCGCAACAAUUCUAAUUGUACAGAAAUUAAUGACUCCCUUGAUGAUUAUGCUACUAUCCAAGCCGUUCAAGCCAGCAUGAUCCUUUCCACCAUCCUUUGCUGCAUAGCUCUCUUUAUCUUUGUGCUCCAACUCUUCCGCCUGAAGCAAGGAGAGAGAUUUGUUCUAACUUCAAUUAUCCAGUUACUGUCAUGCCUUUGUGUUAUGAUUGCUGCAUCAAUUUACACAAACCAAUAUGAAGAAAUCCAUAAGGACAAAAAGUUUUACGAAGAUAUAACUCAAGGGAAAUACGGCUAUUCCUUCAUCUUGGCCUGGGUUGCAUUUGCCUUUACUUUGAUCAGUGGCAUAAUGUACCUAAUACUGAGAAAGCGUAAAUAAAACCCCGGGAGCUAACUUUCCAUUAUUAUAGUAGAAAACCCAAAUUUCAAUAA